AACAAACGGCGGCGCGGUUUAUGCCUGAAUAACAACAUUUCGCGGGAGAGCAGCAGCUAGCGACAGGCUUUAAGCUCUCUACACGGGCAUCAACAGACACUAAAUUCAUAACACAAUGAGUUUGUGGGUGGACAAAUAUCGACCGACUUCCCUCGGGAAACUCGACUACCAUAAAGACCAAGCGGCCCAGUUGAAAAACCUGGUUCAAUGUGGCGACUUCCCACACCUGCUGGUGUACGGUCCAUCAGGCGCAGGGAAGAAGACCCGCAUCAUGUGUCUGCUGAGGGAGCUGUAUGGAGCCGGAGUGGAGAAGCUCCGCAUAGAGCACCAGACCAUCGUGGCUCCUUCAAAGAAGAAAAUUGAGAUCAACACAAUCGCCAGCAACUACCACCUGGAAGUCAAUGCGAGUGACGCAGGAAACCAGGACCGUGUGGUGAUUCAAGAGCUGAUUAAAACUGUGGCUCAGUCUCAGCAGAUCCAAUCCAGCACCCAGAGAGAGUUUAAAGUGGUGUUGCUAACAGAGGUGGACAGACUCACAAAGGAUGCCCAGCAUGCUUUGCGUCGGACGAUGGAAAAAUACAUGGGCACCUGCCGCCUCAUCCUCUGCUCUAACUCCACCUCCAGAGUCAUAGGGCCAAUUCGGAGCCGUUGUCUGGCUAUCAGAGUUCCUCUGCCGAGCACUGAAGAGGUCUGUAAUGUUCUGACAGCAGUCUGUAAAAAGGAAGGUUUACUCCUCCCACCUGAGCUGGCCAAGCAAAUCAGUGAGAAGUCUGGUCGCAACCUCCGCAAAGCUCUUCUGAUGUGUGAGGCCUGCAGAGUGCAGCAGUAUCCGUUCUCAGUGGACCAAGACGUCCCAGAGACAGACUGGGAGGUGUACCUAAGAGAAACAGCUAAUGCCAUUGUCAGCCAGCAGAGCCCUCAGAGGUUGAUGGAGGUUCGGGCCAGGCUGUACGAGCUGCUGACCCACUGCAUUCCCCCUGAGAUCAUUAUGAAGGGACUGGUGACAGAGUUGCUGAGUAACUGCGAUGGCCAUCUGAAGACAGAGGUGGCCCACAUGGCAGCUUACUACGAACACAGGCUGCAGAUGGGCAACAAAGCUAUCUACCACCUGGAGGCAUUCACCGCCAAGUUCAUGGCCAUCUACAAGAAGUUCAUGGAGGAUGGUCUGGAUGCCAUGAUGUUUUGACUUUGAAUGGAC